AAAAACCUCACAUAUCUCUUUGCAUUUCAUUCCUCACCUCAAUCCUUCGCUUUCUCUUAUCAACAUAUAAGUUUCUCUUCCUCUCUUCCUUUGGCAGAUUUUGAAGGAUUGUGAAGAGAGAGACAGUCAGAGAGAGGAAACAAAAUGGGAGAGAUGAAGAGUAUGCAAAUGGGUGUGAUUGGAGCAUUGUUUCUCUCGGUUGCAUCUUCUGUUUCCAUUGUCAUUUGCAACAAAGCUCUGAUGACCAAUCUUGGCUUCCCUUUUGCGACAACACUAACAAGUUGGCAUUUGAUGGUAACAUAUUGCACACUUCAUGUGGCAUAUAGACUGAACUUCUUUGAAAAUAAAGCAAUAGACACGAAAACUGUUGUUCUCUUUGGCCUCCUCAAUGGCAUCUCCAUUGGUCUUCUCAAUCUCAGCCUGGGCUUCAACUCCAUCGGCUUCUAUCAAAUGACCAAACUUGCUAUCAUACCAUUCACUGUUCUAUUGGAAACUCUUUUCCUCAAUAAGAAGUUUAGCCAAAAGAUAAAAUUCUCACUAUUUUUGCUGCUGGUUGGUGUUGGAGUAGCAUCAAUCACCGAUCUUCAGCUCAACUUUGUUGGUUCUGUUCUCUCUCUCCUUGCUAUCGCCACAACUUGCGUCGGCCAAAUUCUAACAAACACAAUCCAGAAGAAACUGAACGUGACAUCAACACAACUCCUUUACCAAUCGGCCCCGUUUCAAGCCGCAAUACUCUUCGUCUCUGGUCCCUUUGUCGACAAAUACCUCACUCGACUCAAUGUCUUCUCCUUCCAGUACUCUCCUAUCGUCGUGGGGUUCAUAACGUUGUCAUGUUUGAUAGCGGUUUCGGUUAACUUCAGCACGUUUUUAGUGAUUGGAAAGACAUCUCCGGUGACGUACCAAGUCUUGGGGCAUCUCAAAACGUGUUUGGUGCUCGCGUUUGGUUACACUCUCCUCCAUGAUCCUUUUACUCCUCGUAACAUCGCAGGAAUCCUCAUCGCGGUCCUUGGCAUGCUUCUCUACUCCUACUUCUGCUCUGUUGCUUCUAAAUCCAAACAAGGCUCCGCCGAAUCCGCUUUUAUUGGGAAAGACAGGGAUACGACGCCGCUCUUGAGCCAAGAAAAAGAGAAUCAUGAAGCCAAGAAACUAGAUAAGCAUUUUGCAGUGUGAUUGAUUACAACAUAAUUUUUUUUUUUAAGUACAGUAACUCUUUCCUUCUGUUUGCUUAUAUACUUUUGUAUUUUUUUCAAUUCAUUGAUAAAGUUUUUGUUAUUGAGAAAAAAAAAUGAAGCAGUCAAUGGCCCUUUAUA